AUGGGCCUGGACAUGAUGGAGGCGUUCGAUGUGUGUAUCCCUCUUCCUCCCACGCUACUCCGGAACCUGCUGAGCCUCCCAGCCACCCUGCUGAGCCUGCCGACCCACCUGCCUCACCGUCCGGGAUCCAGCCUGCCAUCCUCGGCUACCAACACCGUGUCACCGUCAGUCCUGAGGUGGCACCUGUGCGGCAGCCUCUUCGCCGGCUGCCCCUGGCAGUGGUUGAUGAGGAUCGAGGAUGUACUUGACCGUCUGAGUGGCUCUCAGGUGUUCUCCAGGCUAGACCUGAAGGACGCUUAUCACCAGCUGGAGCUCCACCCGGACAGCCGUGACCUGACAACGUUCGUCAGUCACCUGGGGUUGUUCCGCUUUACCCGGGUGAACUUCGGGCUCGCCAGCGCUGGACCUUGUUUCCAGAAGGUGAUGGCCUCCAUGCUGGAGGGGAUCCCGGGAGUCGAGGUGUACUUGGAUGACAUCCUGGUCCACGCUCGCUCUCAGGCCGGGCACGACGCUCGGCUGAAGGCUGUGCUCCAGUGUUUUGAUGCCCACAGGGUUCGUGUGAACUGGAGCAAGAGCGUCACCAACCAGAGAGAGAUCGGUUUUCUCGGGUACCAGAUCUCCGGUGACGGUGUCCGUAUCGACCCGGAGCGGCUCCGGCCUCUGCUGGACGCGCCCGAGCCCCGGGACGAGAAGAGCCUCCGCGCCUUCCUCGGAGCCGUGGGCUAUCAUGCCCGGUUCCUUCCGAGGUUCUCUGAUGAGGUCGAACCUCUGCGCGCUGCGCUCAGGGCAGACGCCUUUGAGUGGACGGCCGCGCUGUCGAGCGCGGUCCGCCGCGUCAAGGACGCGAUCAGGCAGGCACCCGCGCUGGGGAUGUUUGACGUUUCUCUCCCCACCGUGCUCUCCACCGACGCUAGUGACGUCGGCUGCGGUGCCUGCAUCACGCAGGUUGACGCCUCGGGGGUGCCGAGGGUCAUCACCUACGCCUCCAAGACCUUCACAGCAGCCGAGCGGAACUACUCUGUGGUAGAGAAGGAAGCUCUGGCCUGCGUGUGGGCGACCGAGAAGUUUCGGCACUACCUGUGGGGGCGCCGGUUCACACUGCGCACCGAUCACCAGGCGCUCUGCACAAUCUUCGGGCCGAAGGGCUCCAACCGCGUCGGCCGGCGAGUCGCGCGGUGGGAGGCCCGCCUGCUGGAGUUCGCCUUUGAUGUGGAGUAUGUGCGGUCCGAGCACAACGGGGUGGCGGACGGCCUGUCCCGCCUCCCAGUAACGGACACCUGGUGGCCGGACGACGAUACCAUUCAGAUCGCCUCGCUCGGAGUGGCGGCGGCGGCCGUCACAGAGGCAGAGUUCCGUGCUGCCUCGGACGCGGACGAGACCCUGCGAGCCGUCCGCGGGUUCGUGGCUGGGCAGUGGCCCCGCCGGAAGGAGAUCGACCCGGCGGUGGCUGGUUUCUACCAGGUGCGGGAGGAGCUGUCCCAGCACGGCCAGCUGCUAUUCCGCGGCGAGCGUCUCGUCGUGCCGGAGACGCUCCGUGAGCGCGUCCUCAGGAACGCCCAUGAGGGCCACCAAGGGGUGGUCCGCACCAAACAGCGCCUGCGCGCGCAGUUUUGGUGGCCUCGGCUGGACCGAGAGGUGCGAGAGCAGCUGAGGGGCUGUCAGGUGUGCUCCCAGCAUGACGAGCAUGUUCGCAGGGAGAAGCCACCUCUGCAGCCCAUUCCCCUGCCAGAGGGCCCGUGGGAGAGGCUGAUGGUGGACAUCAUCGGGCCGAUGCACGGUCCGCCGACCGAGAGAUCGGCAGAGCUCCGAGCAUUUCUGACGAAAUGUGGUGUGCGGCAGACGUUCAGCUCGCCGUACUCGCCGCAGACGUGCGGGCUGGUCGAGCGGUUGAACCGCACGAUAAAAGGGGCCAUUCAGUCGGCUCGGCUGGCGCGGGAGCCGCGCUCACCCUACCUGCGUCGGUUCCUGGGUGAGUACCGCGCCACUCCGCACCCCGCCACCGGGGAGACGCCGUUCCGCUUGAUGAGGGGGCGGGAGGCGCGCACGACCCUGGACGUGCUGAAGCGGGACGCGCCCACCGGAAACAGCCGGAAACGCGCGGUACGCCGGCGGCACCGCCGCUAUCAGUCGGCGUACAAGAGGAGGUACGAUCGCACCGCGACCGCCGCCCCCAGGUGGGAGGCAGGAGACUGGGUACGGGUUCGUAAGCCAGUCAGCGGUCGGGUCGAAGGCCAGCCGGCGGUCCAGAUCCGGGAGAGGACCGGCCCUGUGAGCUACAGGGCGGGCCACGACGGCGGCCACGACGGCGUCCACGUCGACAGCUGCUCCACCCCCAUCAUCCUGCGCCAUCGGCAGAACCUCCGCUACUGCCGCCCUGGAGAGGACGCCGGCGCUGAUGCCUGA